ACUUCCAACUUUGUUCGACAUUUGAAGUUGCACAAAGAACGGUAACCAGAUCGUGACUACAACUAAGUCUUUGACCACACUGUGUCCUUAUAUUGGACGCCGUGGGGGCGGCAAGUAACCUAGUGGGUAGAGCGUUGGACUAGUAACCGAAAGGUUGCAAGAUCGAAUUGCCGAGCUGACAAGGUCUACAUGAGGDUUGACGACAACCGGGAUGUUCUUUGUUCAAAUCUAAGAUUCCAGGGUAGUGGACCUUCUUCCACUGAGAUGUUGAGGAUUGGAGAACCAUGGCUCAGUUUGAAAGCUUGAUAUGGAUAAUGAACCUAGCUAUCAUUUUGACACUUGUUCUAAACAUUCAGAGCUCUAGUGCAUGUGGUAGAGCAGAGUACAGAACAGGUGUUGAAUGCUGUCCUAUGUGUUCUCCAGGAAACCGGGUACAUAAACACUGUACAGAAUUUUCAAGUACUUCCUGUGCCCCCUGUACCGACUCCACUUUCCUUGAUGAACCCAAUGGUCUUACGRCAUGCAUACUGUGUACAAAUUGUGACCCAGGCUUUGGAUUGAAGGUAAAGCAGUCAUGUAGACCUUCAUCAGACACKGUCUGUGGGACACUGGAGGGGUUCUACUGUCAUGACCCAACUAAGGAUGGUUGUAGAGCAGCCCAGAGACAUAGCAGCUGUAAACCUGGUCAAUACAUCAGUCACACAGGAACAACAUCUACAGAUACUGUGUGUUCUGACUGUACUGGUGACACCUAUUCAAAUGGAUCAUUAACAUCCUGCCAGCCACACACACAAUGUGAUACCUUGAAGCUUCAGCAAAUUAAACCUGGAACUCAUUGGUCCAACUCUGAAUGUGGACCACAGACCUCACCCACAGCUACAUUAAUAUCUGCUAUGGUGGUGGUGGGGGUACUAGCUGUGAUGGCAGCUGUGACGACGGCAGCUAUUAUGAAUAGAAGAAGAAGAAGAAAACGCCAAAGAUCCUAUACCUAGUGAGAUUAUUUGGGGGAAUUGUACAGUUUCAUUUAUUGUUUAAGUGAGAAAUAUCCAGCACUAAAUCAAAUCAAAUGUUAUUUGUCACAUGUGCCGAAUACAACGGGUGUACUUUAACAUGAAAUGUUGCUAACGAGCCCUUUCAUAUGAUGCAGUUAACAAAUGAAUACAUAAUAGUAGAUUCACAUCAAAUACACGGAGCUACAUGAACAUAAUGUUGUGUCAACAUACAGUACCAGUCAAAAGUUUGUACACACCUACUCA